AUGGCAAAUUCCUACGAUCCUGAAGUUAUUAUAAAAUAUCCCGAUGAAAUCGAGACAGAAAAUUAUGUCGUUGACUUCCUUAACUCGCAUUUUAAAGAGUUGGAGGAUCUAGAAAAAUUGAACUCUACCUUAGCUGAACUAAAAGAAAAUGAGCAUUCGCUGGACGAAAAGCGCUUUCAAACGCAAGCGAAUACUUCGAAAGUACUUCAGCAAUCUCUAUCUUCUUUUACCUCUACUAUAACUGAACUUGAAUCUUUACAAUCUACGCGAUUGGAGUUGGAAGAUACCUUAACGGAACAUUGUAAUGCUAUGAUUUCUCAAAAGUUACUAAAUACUCAAGAAGUAGAAGAUUUACGGAAUGAAACGAUAAUGGAAAAAUUGGUUACAUUACAGCAGCAGCUUGAUAGUUUGGAAAGAUCUAAACAAUACCUUAAAGUUUUGGUGGUUAUAGAUGAAUUGAGUACAAAGGCAAAGCAAUUGAUUGAAAAAUCUCCGCAGAAAGCUCUUGUACCAUACACACAACUUGCGCACCUAGCUCGUAAGAUCAAAUCUAGUAGCCAGGAAGCAGGUCACGCAGUUAGUCAUUUAGAUAUAUACUUGCAACGAUGUGUUGACGCGUUAUGGGAAGACAUGAAAAGUAGAUUAACAAAAAAAUUUCAACACUCACUCAAUGCUCUUAGUUGGCCAACACCAAUUAAAGUUCCCUACACGUCAAACACGACAGACAAAUUAUCCACAUUUAGAAAAGCAUUCACUGAAUUAUUGUUAUUGCAACAACCCGUUGAAGUUGAUGAAGUAUCAGAACCUUUAGAAUCUAAAAAUCCUAAAGAAGAUAAUGAGACUUUUCCACCUCUUUUGCCAAUACAGAUAAUGGUUGAACCAUUGUUGGUUCGUUUCAGAUACCAUUUUGAUUCAAAAAGACCUACCAACAGAAUCGAUAAGCCCGAGUGGUAUUUUAGUCAUGUUAUCACUACUAUACGUGAACAUUUACCAUUCUUGACUGGAGCGGUACAAUCGAUCGUCGAUGAUGCAGGCUUUGAGAAAUAUCACGCAAAAAAUGAGUUUAUCCGGUGUCUGCUCGUAGCUGUCACCAGAAAAUUAAAUAACAGUGUUCCAAAAUUAUUGAAUUCUCCACAAGUAUUUUCGCACACUGUAUUUGAAACAUUGCAAUUUGACCAAACUCUACGUGAAUUACACAUGUAUACACCUUCCGGGCAAAAAGAGUGGAAAGGAUGCGUUGAAGUGUUUGUUGGGAAGAAAGAAUGGUUUAAGGCAUGGUUAAAGGUUGAAAAAGACUUUGCGGAGGAACGUUAUAAUGAGAUUAUGCAUUCGGAAGAUGCGUGGGAAAUCAUCGAUGAGGAAAAUCCAGAUGAUGAAUAUAAGCCGACUAAAUCAGCAGCAAAGUUAAUUAACCUUUUAGAGCUUGUAACUAAUCGUUAUAAAUUAUUGCCGAUGUUUUAUAAUCGGAUUCGUUUCCUAGUUGAUAUUCAAGCGGAAAUAUUAUUGACCUAUGCUAAAAGGAUUAACUCUGCCGUUGACGCUUUCGAAAAUUUGAGUUAUUCGUUUGUAAGGGCUGUUCCAAAUACAGAUGGGAAAUCCAUUACAGGAAUAGAAGGAUUGAAGAGGCUAUGUAGAUGGCUAAAUAGUGCGGGUUUCGUCAGUAGAACGAUCAAAGAAUGGGGUGAGGAUGCGUUUUUCCUUGAUCUUUGGCAUGAAGUUACUGUUCGUGCUGCACGUAAUACAGGCGUAUCACCAUUACCAUCUCCAACAUUGUCUAUCAAUUCUACGGUACAGGGUCAAGGUGCCUCUUCAGCUCAUGUAGACGAGGAAAUUACUGUUGACGAAGGAACAGUUUUCGAUGACCCAGCUGAAUUAUUCGAUAAUGUUUGCGAACGAAUUCAAUCAUUAAUAGUGAAAAAUGUUUCCAGAGAGUUUUCAAAUGGAUUGAAAGCAUAUAAUAAAAAAAAUAAUUGGUCAAGGUCCGAGAUAUACGGUUAUGAUUCAUCAGAGUCUACAAUUGAACAAAUACAUAGAUUGAAUAAUCAACCAAAAGAUAUUAUAUCACGCCCAACUAUUGAGUUAUCACCGGAGCUUUAUAUGCCAUUAUCUGAUCUUGCGCAUUCACUUACAUUCUUAUCAAAUAAUUUACCCGAUCGUAUAUUUAAACAUAUAUACAAAGACGUAUCAAAGGAAUUGGAAGAUCAUUUAUGGGACCGUAUCUUGAUGAGAAACCAAUUCUCUGAAUUGGGCGGAUGGCAGUUUGAAAUAGAUAUGGAAAAAGGAUUAUUUACCAUUGGUAAAAGAUGGAUUCGAAAACCGGAAAGUUAUUUUAGAAGGCUGAGAGAUGCGUGUAUUUUGCUCACUCUUCCUGCAAAUCAAUCUCCAUUAGAAAAUGAGUGCAGUAACAAAAAGCCACAACAAAAGACCUUAUAUCAAGUAAUUUCCGUAUUAUUUGAUGAUGAAUUAGAACAUACAACGGUACCUAGAAUGCUGGAAGAAUUAGGAGUUUAUCAUUUAACAUCCAAAGAAGCAAAAAAUGUUAUUGGAAGGAGAGAAUUUUUACCGUAA